AAACAAUUAUGAACUAAUUAUCACCAAUUUCAUAAUUAGUACAAAGUUUACUUCCAAAUCAUUAGUUAAUUAAUUUGAAGAUCUCUAAUCAUUUAAAACCACGAAUGAAUUUCCAUUGCGCUACCAUACGGAUCUGGGUUACGAGCAGACUGGGUUCAUGGGCCUGGAUCCAACCUUAAGCCCACAUGGUCGAUUGGACUAAGAAGGAGCCCUACUUCUUUUCAUGCUCCUUUUCCCUUCUCACUCUUCUUCUUCUUCACUUCCCCCAUAGAUUUCGCCCUCAUUCUCUGAGCUCGGGCUUCUCCGAUCACCGCAACUUCGCCGUCGUUCCUCGGACCCCUUUCAGGUACAAAGUUCGCCGCUCUCGGCGUCGUGUUUCUCCCACUCUGCUCCUGAUUUUCCGCUUAUUAGCUUCUACAUAGCGUUUCGCGUUUUCUCUCCCAAGUUCCACACAUUCCGACUUUCCCAGUCUGUAUCUGCAGCUCAGGGAGCAAUGAAUUUGAAACGAAUAGUCAACAGGCAGUCAGUGAAGAAUUUUUCAAUAUUCUAUGGAAGAUUCAUUUCUCCAUAUCGGAGCAAUGGGUACAGAGAUAUCUCCACAGUUUCAGCCUGUGCUCCGUCAAGCAGCAAUUUUGAUGGCUCGCAACUCCCUCGAGACCAUCACAGCACAAAACCCAAUUUUCUCUUCACUAGGCAUCUCCACUCUGCUGCUUCUUCACAGCCCGAGCUGAAACCCCACUUCAGCUCUUUUGCUCCAAAGCUCGAUUCCCAUGAGGAUGAUGGAACCACGAACGAAUUCUUAUCGCGGUUUGCCUGGAUCAUGCGGAAGAAGCUGUCGGAAGCCUACCCUGAAUGUGAUAAACCUACGGUCGAUAGUAUGCUUUUGGUUAUAGUUGAGAAGGUUGUGUAUGAGAUGGAGAAAGGUAGCUUGGACCGGAUGCUUGGAUCGGACAUUUCAUCCGAGGAAUUCAGCGAGGACCUUUGGAGGACUGUGUGGGAAGUUAGUAAUUCCGUGGUGGAGGACAUGGACAAGGAGAGGAAGAAGGAGAAAAUGAAGCACUUCUUGCAAGACGAGGAGGUGAAAGAGAUGUGUAGGUUUGCUGGUGAAAUAGGUCUUCAGGGGGACAUGCUUCGAGAGCUAAGGUUCAAAUGGGCACGAGAGAAGAUGGAGGAAGCUGACUUUUAUGAGAGCUUGAAGCGGCUUCGUGAAGAAGAAAGAGAACAAGAGAAAGUGGGAGCAGAAGGAGAGACUACUGCUGUUGAAGAAGCCCUGGUGACUGAGGAGAGUGUUAAGGUUGUUGAUCUUCCUAAGAGACAUGGGAAGAUAAAGUACAAGAUUUAUGGGCUAGAUCUCUCGGAUUCAAAAUGGGGUGAAGUUGCGGAUAAAGUCCAUGAAGCAGGAGAGGCCAUUUGGCCCCAUGAGCCUAAGCCAAUAUCAGGGAAAUGCAAACUCGUUGCUGAGAAAAUAAUGUCUUUGAAAGUCGAGGAUGAUCCUUCCGCGCUGCUGACAGAAUAUAAAGAGCUCCAGGAGCCAAGAAAGGUUGAUUGGAUUGAGUUGCUUCGCCAGCUGAAAGAACGGGACAGUAACUUACACCUUAAGGUAGCUGAGCAUCUCUUGAGCGAGACUUCUUUCCAGGCAAACAUCCGUGACUACUCUAACCUAAUCGCUGCUUAUGCUGAAGAGAAUCACAUAGAAGAUGCUGAGAGAAUCCUCCGGAAAAUGGAGUAUAACGGUAUUCUCCCUGACAUCUCGACUGCCAAAAGUUUGACACUUAUGUAUAGCAAGGCAGGCGAUCUGGACAAAGCUAGACAGGCAUACGAGACUUACUCUAGCCAUGGCUUUAAACUAGACAUGAAGGUCUACCAAUCAAUGAUAAUGGCUUAUAUAAAAGCCGGGCAGCCUGGCCUGGGGGAGCAAUUGCUGAGAGAGAUGGAAACCAAAGAAUCUAAAGUACCAGAGGAAAUAUACAUGGCAUUGCUCGCCUCAUACUCUGAACAAGGGAAUGCUGUUGGAGCUGCAAGGAUUUCGGGCACCAUGCAAUUUUCAGGAGUCAAACCUACUUUGGAAAGUUGCACUUGGGUCAUUGAGGCAUAUGCUCGAGAAGGGAAUCCAGAUAUGGCGAGGAAUAACUUUGACCAGUUGAUGAGAAAUGGGCUGAAGCCUGAUGACAGGUGUGUCGCCGGCAUGAUUGCAGCAUAUAAAAAGAAGAAUUUGCUGGAUAAGGCAUUGAACCUUUUGUUGCAGCUAGAGGGUGAUGUUGGUUUUGAGCCAGGGGUUGCAACUUAUACCGUUUUGAUUGAUUGGUUGGGCAAGAUGGGUUUGAUAGAUGAGGUUGAGCAGCUGCUGGGGAAAAUUGCCAAUUUGGGGGAGGCGCCUCUAAAGAUUCAAGUGAUACUUUGUGAUAUGUAUGCUAGGGCUAAGAUGGAGAAGAAGGCGCUUCAGUCUUUAGGGGUUCUGGAAGCUAAAAAAGAGCAACUUGGAGCGGAUGACUUUGAAAGGGUCAUAAAUGGUCUUAUUGUUGGUGAAUUUGGCGAGGAGGCUAAAAGGAUAGGUGAGAUGAUGUUGGCACAGGGCCAUACUCAAUCGGAAUCCCUCAAGAUUGCUUUAGCGACUCGUGCUCUUAAAUGGAACAGAACAAGUAGGCGCUAUUAGCACUCUCAAGCCUCCCUGAAGAUUAUCAAGACCAGUGGCAGCUGUCAUGUUCACCCAAUUACUCGAUUAUGAUAUGGUAGAAGGUGCAAGAACCAAAGUCCAAUUUUGUCUG